AUGAUUGUUAAAUCUUUUUGUAUAUUCUUCAUAGUUAUAGUAGUAACGAAUUGUAACGAUUUAUUUUUGGGGUAUCCUGAUGCGGCGUCAAAAAUAAUAUAUAGUAAAGUUCACGAACUGGAUCCAGCUAUUUGGAUAAGGUCGGACACUUUUACGGUGAAUUGUUCGAAGAGUGAAGUGAUAAGUGCUAUACAGAUUAUGGACCUAAGGCCCGACAAGUGGGGAGAGGCAUAUAUCAAAGCAGGAGGUAUCGGUCAAGAUUAUGUAACAAUAGAACUCGACAGUCCAGGAGUAUUCAGAGGUUACAAUUUUUGGGUUGAGGUGUAUGCGAUAGACAAAAAUCACUUUUUGUCGAGCCACGGUAAAUAA